AUACAUACAUACAUUAUGUAUGCAUGUACUUAAAAAUGAAAUAGUGUUUGUGUUUCAUGGUUAUCUGUGGUUGAGUCACACAGCACGUGUAGGCUUCCAGAACUCAAAUUGCGCCAUUUUCGCGUCGGGCAACUACAUAUGAAUACAUUGACUUUUAUGAUUAUGUUCGAGUUUAGUUUGGCUUAUAAUUUCGAAAAAUAUGCUGUAUGCUGUGUACUAAAUGAAUGUUAUUUAUAAACCCAACAAAUCCAAACAAAAAUCUCGAGAGCCUACGCAAGGGGCAGCUGUCUGUUGCUAAUGGAAAAUGGUUCGUUCGAAAAACAAAGUAAAAAUACACUCGCCAAAUUGAGUUCAACUAGGCGGCAAGAAACGGUAUAGGAAAGCACAACACACCCACACACACGCCAAGUAAACACACAUACACACAUAGUGUAUAUUAUGCCCGCAGAAAUCAAUAACUCUGCCGUAUACCGAGUUCAAGUCGUAAACAACAUAAAUCAACAACAAAAGGCCGGAGCAUGAGUGGCCGGACGGAAAAGGAUUACGACAGUGCGACGCCAGCGUUGCAGCAACAAAUGAACCUCGCCCGCCGCGCCUGCUGGAGCAGCUGCACAAGCACAGCAGCUCCUCCCACUCCUACUCCCACUCACACGCGCAGCGCCGAUUCCAAUUCCAGUUAUCGCCUUGGUACUAUAAAAAGUCAAUUGCGCGAGAGAACAGCUUGCCAGGCAGUGAAUCGAAUGGCUCGAAAUCAAAGCGUGCACCACUUGGCUGCACCACCAGCAAUCGCACCACCGAGUGAGCAGCCAUCAGCAGCCACAAAAAUGUGUAAAUACAGUGACAGCAGCAGCUGGCAGCGGCAACUGUUGCUUCUGUUAUGCGGCAUUUGUUUGCUCUUGGGCAGCAUCGAGGCGCGUCCCAAUAUGAGUGCAGCCAGCAGCUCCAGUUCCAGUUCCAGCUCCAGCUCCACUAUGAAGCCGGCGGAUUCCCUCCCACAGUUAAAUCUGGCACAGACGACAACGACGUCGUCGUCGUUGGCUGCGUCAACGGCGCUCCCGCCACCUCUGCCUCUUCCCAAUGCCGCACACCUGAAAGCAGACGCUCACGGCGAGAAGGACCUGUUCGAUGUGUCGCUCGACGAUGAGGAAGAGGAGGGACAUCAUCACACGGAACGCUAUCCGCUCUCCCAAGUGGAUUUUGCACGGGUCAAGACGCCGUUCAUAAUUGGCAUUUGGAUACUGUCAGCGAGCAUUGCCAAAAUCGGUUUUCACAUGACACCCAAGUUGCAUCUGAUAUUUCCGGAAUCCUGCCUGCUGAUUGUCGUGGGCGUGGUAAUAGGCGUUGUGCUCUACUUUUGCACGGAUGUUGCCGUUUCCCCACUCACGCCGAACACGUUCUUCUUCUACAUGCUGCCGCCGAUAAUUCUGGAUGCGGGCUACUUUAUGCCGAAUCGCAUGUUCUUCGACAACCUGGGCACCAUCCUGCUAAUGGCCGUCGUCGGCACCAUCUUCAAUGUGGCCACAAUUGGUGGCUCGCUUUAUGCGUGUGGCGUGAUGGGCAUCUUUGGCGAUGAGACGCCCAAGCUAUUGGAUGUCUUUCUGUUUGCGUCGCUUAUUUCCGCCGUGGAUCCGGUUGCCGUCCUUGCCGUCUUCGAGGAAAUACACGUCAACGAGAUCCUCUACAUUGUUGUCUUCGGCGAGUCCCUGCUAAACGAUGCCGUUACGGUUGUCAUGUACCACAUGAUGGAAGUCUAUAACGAAAUUGGAUUGCCGCACAUAAUGGCGCAGGACAUUGCCAGCGGCGUUGGCUCCUUUUUCGUUGUGGCUCUGGGAGGAACUGCCAUAGGCAUCAUUUGGGGCUUCCUAACCGGUCUGGUAACACGAUUUACGGAUCAUGUGCGUGUCAUAGAGCCCAUAUUUAUAUUUGUUAUGGCCUAUCUGGCGUAUCUAAAUGCGGAAAUCUUUCAUAUGAGCGGUAUUCUGGCCAUUACCUUUUGUGGCAUUACAAUGAAGAACUAUGUGGAAUCGAAUAUCUCUCAGAAAUCGCACACGACCGUUAAAUAUGCCCUGAAAAUGUUAUCCAGCUCGGCGGAGACAAUUAUCUUUAUGUUCCUAGGCGUGGCGACAGUCAAUAAUAUGCACGUGUGGAAUACGUGGUUUGUGGUGCUAACCAUUACCUUCUGCUCCGUUUUUCGUGUUAUCGGUGUGAUUAUACUGUCGGCCAUUGCCAAUCGUUUUCGACUGCACAAAUUGUCGCGGGUGGAUCAGUUCGUCAUGUCGUAUGGCGGUCUACGUGGCGCUGUUGCCUUUGCUCUCGUGCUGCUCGUCGAUGAGAAGGUGGUCAAGCAUAAGAAUAUGUUUGUGACCACAACCAUAGCUGUGAUCUACUUUACGGUGUUUCUGCAAGGCAUCACCAUAAAGCCGCUCGUCAAGAUACUAAAUGUGAAGCGAGCCAACAAACGCAAACCCUCCAUGAACGAACGCAUACACGAACGUUUCAUGGACCACUUGAUGGCUGGCAUUGAGGAUAUUGUGGGCAAGACAGGCAACUACAAUGUGCGUGAUAAGUUCAAGCGUUUCGACAAUCGCUUCAUACGCCCACUGCUGAUCAGAGAUCUGAAGGGCGCUGAACCAAAGAUUAUUGAGACAUACUCCAAGCUGACCAUGCGCGAUGCCAUGGAGGUGAUGCGUCGCAAUCCCUCGACUAUUGGCCAGAUGACGGGCACCGAGUCGAUGAGUGCACUGUUUAGGAAUUAUACCAAUAAUUAUAUUGGUGGCAGGUGGGCACCGCCAACCAUAUACACCACCUGUCCAAGCUUAACAAAUCUGGAUAACUCGUGCUCCCACAACCUCGACAUGGCUGAACUGGACUAUAAUCCAUCGAAAAAGGAUUUGACUGAUGCCAAGAUACAUCACUUGCUCGCCGAAGAACUAAAGCCCUAUCGAAGGGCUUCCAUACAAAUGCACCGUCGUCUUAGUUAUAGCCGACACGCAGUAGAUGACAGAGAUUUGUCCACACAGGUCAAUUAUAAAAUGCAAAUGAAUUUCCGUCGCAUGUUCAACGAUCGCAAACAUCACAAGCGCAGCAAACGUGGCGCCAGCAAUAAGGAGACCAAGGAGAAUGUUAAACAGAAUCAUGUCUCCUUCCCUGAUUUCCAGCAGAACGGCACAGCGAAGCGGCUCUCCAAUGGUACGAAUACGCAUCCGAGUUCAAACCAUUCACGCAAAAAAUCUUACAGAAAAAGACAUACUCACAAUUCACUUAACAAAUAUCGUAGAUUAGACAUAGACUAUAUUAACGAUGUGCUUAAUGAAACAGCCGAGGAUUGCCAACAGAAUCCGAAUGAGAUCAAUGUCAUUGGACCCAGCGACGAUUGGGACGAUGGUCUAACAUUUACAGCCAAAUCAUCACCUGACUCGGAUCGCGCCAAUAAUAACUCUCUGAUAGCGCAUAUACAAAACCUGCCCGGUUUUGAUGCAUCUAAAGCGCGCAUCGUUCAGCACUAUGCGCCCAAACUUGAGGACGGUCCUCAGCCAGAACUAGACUCGCCCGAUCCACCAGUUGGACCCACAGCGGCCGAACUGAUCCUGCCCUGGCGACGGGAUCGUUCAUACCAGAGCAUUGUGGCGGAGCAUCCAAUACCUGAAGAGGAUCGCAAUUUAUCACGCGACUCAGAUGGCGAACGUCGCGUAGCCACGCCCACAGCCACAGAGUCGCAGCUGCCGUGGAAGCGCCAGGGCGAUGAAAGCACGGACGCAGUGCAGCAAAAUGAAUUUCCCGCCUGGGCCUCAAACAAGGAAUAUUUGGCAUACAAUUCGCCCAGCGCCACCUUUCUAGGUGGUAUAAACAAGCCUAAACAGCCCAAGUCCGUCAUAGGUCUGUUCCGUCGCGAAAGUUCCAGCUCGAAGGCCGGCAGCCUGGGCCUUGGCAGCAACAGCAGUGGUGCGGUGGAUGCAGCCACAGCCAGCCAGGAUCUAAUGGCUGUGCCCAAUGCAGGCAACGCCAUGAAUUCAACUGCUUCGACGUCCAUGCACAAUCCACGGCUGGACAACCGCUCACAGUCCAUUUCGUCGAGCACGUUGGGCGCUCACCUGGUGGGGCCGGACGGUCAUACCGGACCCUUUCCGGUUACGGCCAGCCAUCGCCGGAACGUGCGACGUGGCUCCAUGCUGGAGCUUAGCGGACUUAUAGCAACUGGACGCAGACCCAGUAGAAUUUUGCUCUGUAGCCCUGGCGCUAAUAACUUACUAGAAAACACACCAACAACAACUACUACAAGAACAACAGCCACAACAACAACAACAACAGCUAUCAAUGUCAAACCAAUAUUAAUAACAACAGCUCCAACAACAACAACAAGUACUACUACAACAACCGCCACAGUCAGCAGUAGCAAUUCAGCAAAUCAAACAGCCGGAAAUUACAAUUCCCCGAGCAACUCCUCAACAACCAACUAUAGCUCACCCACAUCGGAGAGCAGCGGCGCUACGUACUAUUCAAAUGAUACAAUACCCGAGGAAUCCACCUAUCAGCACGGCCACUCCAAAUCGCUCUGCGAACCCGCGGAUGGGGAUGAUUGGGACGCGAUGCCGCUUACUAAUACCGGCGCCUCCGUCUCCGCCUCCACGGCGAGCGAGAGAGUAAUGCAUUCGGGCCGUGAGCCUUUGCUGCCCCGCUUGGCAUCGACGCCACGUGCCCAGAUCCGACACAUGAGCGCCGGUGCCGUGAGCGGUGCUACUGUGGGCGUACCGGGCUGCAAGAAUCAAGUGACCACCGCGUUGCUAGACUAUGAGGACACUGACAGCGACACCGAGGACGAGGACGAUGACGAAGGCGAGGAUUUCGAUUUGUAUGACGAUGAGAAUAUUGUGGUCACCACAUUCACAGCCCCACUCACGCCACGCCUACACGAGCUGGGCAGACGCGGCGGAUCUGGUGGUGGUGGAGCAUCUGGCAGUGGUCCAACCACCAGCACCACCACCACGAGCAUUCGCCUGACUCGCAACAACGAUGAAAGCAUCAUUUGAGUGUCGAGCAGCGCAGAUGCAGCUGCUCCAGCUAGUUGGACAGCCCGUGUCCGGUCCAGAUUUAGUCCCUUCCAAUACGAAAUGUUCUACUGAGAUCAGCAACGAUAAAACCCCAACAUAGCUAUAUAUAGUUCGUUCUAUAUGUGCAUACAUUUUGGCUUAAAAGUAAAAAAGAAUGAAAGAAACAUCAUGUUAUAGCUAAAUAACUAAAAAUCUGUAUAUACCAAGGGAGAACAGCUACCGACGGCUUGCCGCAGAUUAAUUUCCUUGCAGAUGGGAUUCUAUAGCAACAAUUUGUAUAAUUGAUAUACAAGGUCAAAAUUUUAAAUUUCAAAUUUAAAUUUAAGAAAAAUAUCAAAAAUUUUUGUGAGUUGCUUUAAAAUGUAGAAUACGGAUGCUAUCAAGUAUAUAAAGAGAUCAAAUCUUCUAUGCUUUACAAAUCUAGAAUUCUCUCUGCAAGGGUAUAUUACCGACCUACCUAAACUAGCACACAAAUUUGAUUGCUUCUUUGAAAAAUUGGAAACGUAUCUACUUAAAUAUAUAUUCAUAUUCUAUUGUAUUUCAUUGUAUUUAAAAAAGCCUAAUGCAAAUGUGUUCCAGAAACAAUUGUGUUAUCAUUAACAAUUUAGCCAAAGUUCAGAUUAAGUCGAAACAUUGUUUUUGCUUUUAGUUUAGAUAAAUUUAUAUUAAAUAUAUACAAAAUAAAUAUAUUUGAGCGUAAUUUGAACUGUGUUUCUAACCGGUAUAGCUACAGUGUUUAGUUCAAUUUUAGUCAUACUUUCUAACUAAUUAAUUACUGAAGUAUUCGUUAAUCAGCGUGUAUAAAGUAAGCCGAAAGUUUUUGCCAUAAGCAGUCAAGUUGCGAAAUAAUACCAAUAAAUAAAUAAAUAAAUAAAAACGUAUUCAUAAGUGAAACUAAAUUAGUAUGUUACAUAAAUACUAACUAGUUCAUAGCUAUUUAGCAAGAGUUGUGUAAUUUAUAAAUUAUUUUUGUAAACAUUUACGAGCCACAAAAUGAAUAAUGUGAAAGUUUAGCACGAGAGGGUCGCUCGAGACGACCAAAGAGUAAAUCUUAUCUUAUAAGAAGUAUGCGUGAAUUUUGACUGUAUGACUGUAUGAUCGAGAUAAAAA